AUGAAGACUAACUCCGCAACCCUCGCCUUCCUCAUCAGCAGCCCUGUGCUCGCCGCUCCUCUAAUCCGCUCUAUACCUACCAUCGUCACCAACAAGCCUACAACGCUCAUUACCACUUCCAGCAAGCCUACUGCAACCAUGCUAGUGGAAUAUGGCGCAGCGCAUUACGCGCCUCAGGGUGCACACAAAAGGCCGCUCCCACCAAGCGGUCGUGAGGUAGCAGAUCGCCUGUCGCUCGUCAACAGGGACUGCUCCGCCUUCACAGACGAAGACCGCGCCUGGAUCGCAGAGCACCCAGAACUCUCUCCAGUCCUAGAGCAGUGCGAAUCCUGGGAACUCUACCAACCCAACACCCCUGAGGAGGAUCACGUAGGUGCGUGUAACGAGGGCAGCAUCGGCUGCAAGCACAGGCGCUCCUUACAAGAACGAGAGCUUGUCCCAUACCCGGACAUCAACCCCUUCUACGACGACAUUGGCCCCUUCAUUCUCCCGACGCCAGGCCCACAAACGGGAUUCGAAGAGGAACUGGUUGUGGCGAGGAAACAUAUUGGGGAAUUGUAUGACGAGAAAAAGGAUAAGGAAAAGAAGGAUAAGGAGUGA